AUCAACGAACCGAAAUGCUAUUUCCCGAAGAAAUCCGGUUACAUGAAAGAAAGCACUAGUAGUACGACAAAGGAAGACGUAACAAUUCUGAGGAAAUACGAAAGCGUAGAGAAUCCGUACGGGUCCGAUAUAAGUCCAAUCAACUUCUCAUAUUCCUCUAUCGGACAAUCAACACUUAACGUGCGAAUUGGUCCUAGUGGCAGAUUCGAGCCACCAAUAAGUAUUCCACGUGCUCAUGUGAACACUGGUGAAAGUUUCGUUGUGGAACAAUCGGAUCAGUUUGGUGUCUUCUCGUUCAAGGUAACGAGAAAAUCAACUGGAACGAUGAUUUGGGAUACUUCAAUCGGUGGUAUGUUGUUUGCUGAUCAGUACAUACAAAUCGCUGCAUUUAUUGGUUCAUCUGAAAUUUAUGGCAUCGGCGAGAAUACUCAACAAAGCCUGAAGCACAAUCUAACAAUAUACAGUACAUGGCCGAUGUUUGCAAGAGGUCAGAACCCCGAAGCUUAUUACGAUCCAUCCACGCAGUUCAACGCCAAAAAUCUUUACGGUGCUUAUCCGUUCUAUCUGGCUCUCGAGAGUGAUAAUAAAGCGCAUGGUGUACUCAUUAUUAACAGUAAUCCACAGGAAAUAACGCUAGGACCAGCGCCACAUAUUGUCUAUCGAACUAUUGGUGGUAUGCUGGACAUCUACUUCUUCCCAGGACCUUCUCCCGAGGACGUUGUGAAACAAUAUCUCGCUCUGGUGGGCACACCCGCAUUGCCUAGCUAUUGGUCACUUGGCUAUCAGGUAUUCGAAUGGUUCCUUGUCUAA